CCGGCCUUCCGGCGCAUGCGUGGUGGGGGGGGCGGGCGGUUGAACGCUGACGGGGUCGGAGCCGAGGCGGCGGGGAAGGAGGAGCGGCGGAGGCAGGAUCCGGGCCUCUGUGGCGAGGGGGCCCUCUGGACCUGGGAGCACCUUGCCUUGCUUCCCGGUGAGAUGUCAGGAAGCCACACGCCUUCUGGUGGGGGCCCUUUCUCUGCCCUGACCCCAAGCAUCUGGCCCCAAGAGAUCCUGGCCAAGUACACCCAGAAAGAAGAAUCAGUGGAGCAACCGGAGUUCCGUUAUGAUGAGUUUGGUUUCCGCGUGGACCAGGAAGACGGUGCCGAGCCCAACUCCAGCCGGCUGCUGGGCGUGCCCCUGACCGAGGACCCCCAGCAGCGACUGAGAUGGCAGGCUCACCUGGAGUUCACCCACAACCACGACGUGGGCGACCUGACCUGGGACAAGAUCGAGGUCUCCCUGCCGCGCUCCGACAAGCUGCGCUCCCUGGUGCUGGCCGGCAUCCCGCACAGCAUGAGGCCCCAGCUGUGGAUGCGGCUGUCGGGGGCCCUGCAGAAGAAGAGGAACUCGGAGAUGUCCUACCGAGACAUCGUGAAGAACAGCUCCAACGACGAGACCAUCGCUGCCAAACAGAUUGAGAAGGACCUGCUCCGCACCAUGCCCAGCAACGCCUGCUUCUCCAACAUGAACAGCAUCGGGGUGCCCCGCCUGCGCCGGAUCCUGCGCGGGCUCGCCUGGCUCUACCCCGACAUCGGCUACUGCCAGGGCACCGGCAUGGUGGCGGCCUGCCUGCUGCUCUUCCUGGAGGAGGAGGAUGCCUUCUGGAUGAUGUGUGCCAUCAUCGAGGACCUGAUGCCCGCCUCCUACUUCAGCACCACCCUGAUGGGGGUUCAGACCGACCAGCGGGUCCUGCGCCACCUCAUCGUGCAGUACCUGCCCCGCCUGGACAAGCUGCUCCAGGAGCACGACAUCGAGCUGUCCCUCAUCACCCUGCACUGGUUCCUCACGGCCUUCGCCAGCGUGGUGCACAUCAAGCUGCUUCUGCGCAUCUGGGACCUCUUCUUCUACCAGGGCUCCCUGGUGCUGUUCCAGACCACGCUGGGAAUGCUGCGGAUGAAGGAAGAGGAGCUGAUCCAGUCGGAGAACUCGGCGUCCAUCUUUAACACCCUGUCGGACAUCCCGUCCCAGAUGGAGGACGCGGAGGCCCUGCUGGGAGAGGCCAUGCGCCUGGCCGGCUCCCUCACCCAAGUGGCCGUGGAGACCCAGCGCCGCAAGCACCUGGCCUACCUCAUCGCCGACCAGGGCCAGCUGCUCAGCCCCAGCGCCGCCGUCAACAACCUCUCCAAGAUCAUCCGGCGCAGGACCCAGCGCAGGAAAUCGGGUAUCACCUCUCUGCUGUUCGGCGAGGACGACUUGGAGGCGCUGAAGGCGAAAAACAUAAAGCAGACGGAGCUGGUGGCUGCCCUGCGCGAGGCCAUCCUGCAGGUGGCCCGGCACUUCCAGUGCGUGGACCCCAAACACUGCAACAUUGAGCUGACCCCAGACUACUCCAUGGAGAGCCACCAGCAGGACCACGAGAAGUACGUGGCCUGUCUCCGCAGCCGCCGGCGCCGCGCCAAGGCCCUGCUGGACUUCGAGCGCCACGACGACGACGAGCUGGGCUUCCGCAAGAAUGACAUCAUCACGAUCGUAUCCCAAAAGGAUGAGCACUGUUGGGUGGGGGAGCUGAACGGCCUGAGAGGUUGGUUUCCUGCCAAGUUUGUGGAAGUCCUGGACGAAAGGAGCAAAGAGUACUCCAUCGCCGGGGACGACUCGGUGACGGAGGGGGUGACGGACCUGGUCCGCGGGAGCCUCUGCCCGGCCCUCAAGUCCAUCUUCCAACACGGGCUGAAGAAGCCGUCGCUGCUCGGGGGCCCCUGCCACCCCUGGCUCUUCAUCGAGGAGGCUGCGGGCCGGGAAGUGGAAAGAGACUUCGACUCCGUGUACUCCCGCCUAGUGCUCUGCAAGACGUACAGGUUGGAUGAAGACGGGAAAGUCCUGACUCCCGAGGAGCUGCUCUAUCGAGCGGUGCAGUCGGUGAACAUGACGCACGACUCCGCUCACGCUCAGAUGGACGUGAAGCUGCGCUCGCUCAUCUGCGUUGGGCUCAAUGAGCAGGUCCUGCACCUGUGGCUGGAGGUGCUGUGCUCCAGCCUGCAGACCGUGGAGAAGUGGUUCCACCCGUGGUCCUUCCUGCGCAGCCCCGGCUGGGUCCAGAUCAAGUGUGAGCUGCGGGUCCUCUGCCAUUUCGCAUUCAGCCUCUCCCAGGACUGGGAACUUCCCGUGAAGAGAGAGGAGAAGGAGAAGAAGCCUUUGAAGGAAGGGGUGCAGGACAUGCUGGUGAAACACCACCUCUUCAGCUGGGAUAUCGAUGGCUGACCUCCCCGCCCGUUCCCUCGCGUCCCGCGCUCCUCCCCGCCCCCUCCCCCACCGUUCACCCCCGGUAGACCUCCGGCCCCCUCAAUCCACCGGCCGCCGAAGCGGCCUCCUCAGCUCUGGGCUUCCGGCUCUUCCGGGCCGGGGCCCGGAGAGGGUGGAGGGGGGCCGCUCGCUGCCCACGGCUGGCUACUCGUCUACUUCCCCCGCCGCCGGGCACGGUUCGGUUUUCCGGGGUCCCCGCCCCCUCCGCCCCCUUUCCUCCGCACCCGGCCCCUGGGAGGGGGAGAGCACGGGCGGACUCUCCCCUGGGUCCUCUGGAUCCAGGGAGCGGCUCAGCUCCCGCCGCUCUCCCGCUGCCCGUCCCCAGCGCCCCCCGGCGAGCGGGCCGUCCCCGGGGCCGACGGUGACAAAGCGAGGAGAGGGGCGGGACGCGGUGCCGGAAGGAGGUACGUGACCGCCCCCUCCGCUCCCCCAGUCGGCAGUCUCCCGCAUCUCCUUCGAUGGGGAGGCGGCGGAGGGACCCCCGAGCUCUGGCCCGUUGGCGGCCGGGGGCGUUCGCCGCUACCCCCGAGGGCGGCCGACCGGGUGCCCGACCCCGCCCGCGGGGGGGGGGGGGGAGGGGGUCGGUCCCGGGGGGCCGGAUCGGAGGGAGAGGAGGGUCCCGGACGCCUCCGCCCGACCUUUUUUAAGAACCAAAAUCUCACUGUAAGAUAGCCAGAGGUCUAUAUGUCUAUUUUGUCGGUCUUCGCUCAGGAAAAGAGGUCGAGGGCAGAGCCGGCGGGCCCUGCCCCGUGCCUACUCAGGACAGGGUGGACGGGAGAGGGGUCGGGCGGGACCCAGCCGGUCGGGGGCUGGGACGAACGGUGGAUGCCCGUGCUGUCCUGUGCGCGCUAGGUCGGUGCCGUACGGUAUAUAAUUCCUUUCGUCUGUAAAUAAACCGCAUCCCGUGAAAGCAG